AGGAAUAGACGUGGGACGCUGCGGCCACGGCGAACAUAGCACCGGCAAGCCUUUGACCCUUGCGGCUUCACAGUGAGGUGGCGAUAAGUGUAUACGCUAGGUAGAAUAUAUGCUCGAUACAAGCCAUUUUGCAAGAAAAAAGAAACAACGAGCGCCUGCAUAGGCGCGCCGACAGAUAUCACAUAUCGAUCGUCGACUCUUGCCGCUUUCCGCAAACGCCUUCUGUUGCUCGGCUAUGUGCGACUGUGUACGUCGCAAUUGGAACUGCGAACACACAAGCGAGGACGGCUUCUGGUGCGUGCUGGCAAAGGGUACUCGGAACAGGACCCGACGGCGACAAGCGUCAACGCCGAGCUCCCUGAACAAAGACGCAAGAAUUGACACACGAUGGCCACCAGCAAGGCGAACGGUGCGACGAACAACUAUCAGAAUGUCAAAGGCCGUGUCUACAGCACGUUCCGCAUCUACGGCUUCAUAGACGUGGAUCUUUCUCUAAAUGACCGUGUCUACUUUAAUCGCGAUUCGUUUGAAGACGGUCGGUACGCCGACCUGCUCGCCUCGGGGCUAAAGGCAGGCGACCGCGUCAUCGUGGACUUCGCCCAGAGGCCCGGCACUGACCGCUACCGCGCGUUGAGCGUUCGGCGCGAGGGCUACGCUCCUCAGCGGCAACAGACAGCCGAGGAGAAGCUUCCUUCGUACUUAAGUAACGAAGAAGGCGUCAUAUGCGUGCUCAGGGAGUCGCACGCCUACGUGAGGGUGCCCAGGUUCCGCGGUGUCACGGCGAGCUUUCAGAAAAGCGACCUCGAAGCGUACAUGGGGCGGCGCGUCGUCACAUUGACGGACGUGCUCGAGCUAGGCCUCAAGCUUCGCUUCGACGCAAUGCGCAACCCGGACGAGCGGUCGAAGACCAAGUGGAUCGUCGAGAAACUGCGUUUGGUCGAUGGCGUGUCGCCUGCUACUGCUGGGGGUGCGGUCACUCCACCCGACUCCAAACCCAACACUUCAGCUGAAGGAAGGCUUGUCGGACGCCGCGGUCGCGUUCUAGAAGUCUCCUCAGACCACGCCAUGGUCAGGUACGGCGCGCAUCGUUCGAACACUGCCUACAUGCACGCGAGUGUGGUCGAGAAGUCCCUCGGAGUCGACAUCGAAGACCUGCGGGAUGUUCUGGAGGAAGGCAGCAGGGUGCGCUUCGACGCCGACGCCAACGGCUUCCAAUAUGGCCGCGGAAAGUGGCACGUGACGUACGUGGAACUUCUCGACGACUCAAGCUCGUGCGCGAGUGUUUUCUCGGUGCCGUCGUCUGCCGUCAGCCUCGAGGCGCUCGCAAUGUCUCGGCUGUUCGCGGACGGACUAUCGGGCACAGUCGACGCCGACGAGCUCUACGAGUUGCCCCUGGAACCACGAUCUCGCCUAGGCUCGAGUGAGGAGGAGGAGGAUCGUUGUGACGUCACAAGCGUCCGCACCGACGUCACGGAUACCCGCAGCAGACGAAACGUCGCCGACGAAUGCAGGCGAUCGCCGUACCUUGUCAACGACGACGACUUUCCCGCGCUACCGUCCCACGUGAUUGAGGAAAAAACUCCGUCUGUUUCCAUCUACGAGAACGUCUCGGCCGUUGUGGCAAGCGUCACGGCGAGCACGGCGACCUGCUACGUCGAGCAGUCGGGCUCGACGAGGACGGUGCGGUUCGGAGCUCGCUGCUUCUACAGGAACGGCGAGCCCGCUUCGGGUAACCUCUGGCAAACGCUCGGCAAAGGCGACGCGGUGACGCUGGACUUCAUGGUGGGAACCAGGAAGGAAGGCGGCGACAUCGUUCACUGCGACCUCGCCUGGCAGGGAAGAAAGCCUCUCCGGGUGUCUCGGAUGAGCGCCGAGGAGAUGCUGGACAGACUGGGCGGCAGUGAACAGCUUACGAACGAGGAUGAACUAUUUCUGCACGAAACGAUCGACGACGACGAACUGAGUGCACUGCUGGGCGAAUCCGCCGCGUCUGACAGCGAUCAGCGAGGUGGUGCGAGCGAGGCCACUGAAGAGGACGCCAACAUGAAGACCGAUCUCCUCGCCGAAGCUGCGGUGAACGGCGUGGAAAGGGUGGCCUGCGGCGACGACGUACGAUACGUGCUUACGGAGAAGCAAGUGCCCGCCUUCGCAAGGUUGAUCCUUCAGCAACUGGCAACAGCGAGCCACCAAUCUAAAAAUCGAGUCAAUCUCCGGCACGCCAGCACCCAGACCGAAUUAGAACAAUAGACCCUGCAUCGGCGUGGCUUUGGAUUUUAUGAUCAGGUUUUCAUCGCGAACGCUGGUUUUAUUCAAACAUUCCAAUCGGCGCGCGACGGGCCUGUUUUGCGACCUGUAUGCGGGACCUUUCUGCGAUAAGUAUAUGUAUACUUUCGGGGGGAAAAGCUUAUAGAGCGCGGUAAAAAUUAGGUUGUUGCCGACACAGCCGUUAAAUGUGAAAUCGUGACAGGGCAUCGCAUUGGUCGCGCAUGAACGCGUUGAAUAUGUAUAGUACUCGAUUUCGGUGGGAAUACGUCAAGGCUGCAAAAAAAAAAAAUGAAAUAAAAAUCCGCGUAUUCUGUGAUUUCCACGCUUUCACUCGCCACUGUACCACAGUGCUUGAGUGACGGACACAGAAAGGACGGACAUGGACCAAUCUGUGUCGAACAAGCUAGCCCAAGAGUGUCUUCUGAACUUCUGGCUAACCAUGCCUCCACACAGUCUUUGAGGGGACAAUUACGAGCACCUGAAUCAGUUCAGGCCAAUAAAACAUUAUUCCAAAACUCAGUUUUCGUUCAUUUGACAGAAAAGAAGGUUGAUUAUCGGAACAAAUGACCGCAGUUCUUUCAGUCUUGUGCUGAAACCUGAGCACGUCAGGUGACAUGUUGCCAACUGUUUUUCUCGUACAGGGUUGGAAGUGCUGCGCCAACGUGCGCCA